AUGAUCAGACAGUCCAGGUCCAUCAACGUCCCUCCUGUCCGCUGCAAGGUCACUCUCCUGCGUUCACCACCUAAGCAGGUGGUCAAGGCUGCCAAGCUGACAGCACCCAGUCACCUCCUCCUUCCUUGCCAGGAGAGGAAUGAGGUGAGAGCCCAGGAAAACUCAGGAAGGCCACGGAGGAGGAGGGGGAGGAGGACUGCUCAUGGAGACCCAAGGGCAAGAAGACAGGAAAAGGGCCUUCCUAGCUACGGGAAAGCACCACCAGCACUGGAGAGCCAGGGUGACGUCACUUCCUGGACAUGCAGUCCUGGGCCUUCCCUGGAGGGACAUCUCCACCCCCACCACCCUGAAAACACCUGGAGUGAGGAGGCCCAGGUGUCUCCCAUGAUCUCUUGCCCUGAAGGCCAUGCAGUCACUGGCUCACACAGCCCUGCGGAAGGUGUCCUGCCUCCUGGGACGCCUGACCCAGGUGCAGCAGUGCUCCCUGACCCAGCCCCAGGCUGCUCGUGGCUACUGGAGAAGUUGGCCACCAGACUGCUGCGGGGAGGCCAUGGGCCCAGCUCUCCAGGCCCGCUCCAGGCACCAAUGUCGGGGAAGGAGAUGCAGGGCAAAGAGCCUGCACAUAUGGCACCCAGGAUCUCUUCUCCACGCAGAGCUACCAGGAAUAGGCCCUGCAAAAGAAAAAUGUCCCUACCACUGCUGCUGCUGCCACUGCCGCUGUCACUGUUGAGGGACAGAGGUGAGCUGCCCCCGCCUCCAAAGUUUCCCUGUAUAGCUGCUGAGGAAGAUUGA